CGGAACGCUUUACAACGUACGAUUGAGGCCUGGCAGACAGCACAGCAGUUGUAUAUGCCGACUGUAGCGGCUCAUCGUUCUCGGGACGCUGCUUUGCCAGACCGUUCGUCCUUGGCGGAGGACCUCCCACUGUACCUGCCGUCAGACGUUGUAGACCUGCUCCCUGUCGACCAGAAGCUGCAGGAGAUCGAGUGGGAGCUACGAGUGGGGAUCGCCCACGACGCACUGGAGGAUGUUCGCCGCUUCGUCUGCGCGAGGCGGAAGCUACUCGAGGUGAAGGGUCGUUUCAUCAGUGGCCAACACCACAAUACACGUGCGCGCGGUGUCAUCAAGAGGUGCGAAACGAAGAUCACCCAGGCAAGGUCAAAGUACGACGCAUGCUACGACGCUCUCACCAGGCUGGCUCCGGCGCUGGACAAGACAGGCUGGAGGAGAGAGAUUGGACUGCAGAAACUCGAAGACAAGGACGUGCGACACAUUUCCGACCCCGAUCCAGAGGAGGAAGACGAGCAGACGGAGGGUACACGAACGGUCUCGUGGAUAUGGACGACGAAGGGCGCACGGAGCGGUGACGACGAUGAGGAUGAGCAGGAAAUACUCAUGAGGGAACGUACUGCAGUGCUGCGCAUCGAGUGGUGCCAGACGCGUGCUCGCGCGCACAGGUUUACAGAGGAAGCCCAGCUGCUUCAGGAGGAGAUGAGGCGGGUAUUGCAGUACCACGACUGGCAAAGAAACUGGUGGACGGAGCGCGCUGAUGCUUGGGAAGGCCGCUCAGCAGAGCAUCGGGAAGGGUUGGUCGCGUACGCUCAUCGUCAGGCACACAUACGAGCCUCCAUGAGAGCUCUCUGUCAGAAAGCGUGGGCCAGUACCGCUGAAUGGUUAUUGUUAGGUGCAACGCUAGAAGAGGACUAA